AAGUCAUGAAGCCUUCGAGAACGCCCUUCCCUAAAAGAUCACUCGCCGCUUAUACAGGCUCGUUCGACAGGCCCGCUUCUUUCUCCUCGGCAACCGAUUCGAUGAUGCGACCGCGCGGCUCGGAUCGUGACCGCGGGGACGAAAAAUGCGUGUUGCGCGUUCGCGGACGAACGUCCGUUUCGCAAGCGAGAGUUCGCUAAUUCGAUCGCGAGCCGCGCGAUCCCGUAGAGAGAUGAAAGUGCCUCGCCGUGAUCCCCUGCGAGAGUUUAGUCCUUAUUACCUCGGGAGCCUCGAGUCACACGCAGGUGGGGUACACCAUGCACGUGGCGAGUGGCGAGAAGGGGGAUGCUGAAAUUCAUGCACGCGCGGCCGCGGCGGUGGCCGCCGACGUUCUCCGCACGACCUGGAUCAGUUCCUUGCACCGCAUCCACGACGCGUCCCGCGGAAUCCGACUGGGUCCUUAGAGUCCCCCGCGAGUCCGAUAAAUAAGACAGAUCCUCGCCGCGGCGACUCUGCUAUCCGAUCCGGGCGUGCGGGUGUGCGCCGUGCUCUCAUCGUCCCAUUGGGAUCCUGCUCGAUCUCGGUGGCCCGACGAUCGAUCGCGCGACGAUGACAACGAUAACAGUGGUGUUGCUGCUUCUCACGGUGACUGUGGCCAGUUCCCUGCCACUCGCCAAUGUACACGUGAAAUUCGUGUCGCCUCCCAAUGUGUACGAACACAGCAUUACAACAGAUGGAGAUCGAACGGUGGCUCAGAAAUCGUUCAUCUCGAUCGGCCGACGAAGCGCGCCGAAGCGUUCUAAGGAUUCUGAGUAUAAUUAUAGGACGAGUUUACGUCAAAAUCACUUACAAGUGAUAACGAGUUCAAACGCUGAAUCACUGUGGCCGGUUGGCGUUUUCCUGCCACCGAUUGACGUCAAUGAUCUUGGGUAUAGCUGGCAGGAGGUGCAUCGCAACCUCCCCGAGGAAUUCUACAAGCAGCAACGAGAUCCAUAUUUAUUGACCAACCGUGAAGCAAUGAUGGCAGUUAAAUACCUCUAUGGAUUGGGUGAGCUUUUCUUCGACGAUUAUCCUCACGCAAGAGCGUUACUACGAAAUCAGGAAGAGAGAAAGCUGAAUGGUCUGCAUGGACAUGUUCUGGGUAGUCUGAAUCCUAGGUCUCCGUUUCGCAGGAAAGAUAGAAGGAACUAAUCUAAGAGUGAUGAAAGUGAUGAACUUCAAACACAAGCUUAAUUUUGAUAUUCUUUUUACAAUUUCCUGAAUUUUGUGAAUAUAAAUGCAACAAAAUAUAACAAGUUAGAAACUAACGUGUAUUUUCACGGAGAAAACAGGAAUGAUGUAUUUUAAAAUCAUUCUGCUUUGAAUUACUAAUUUUAAAUUACUAAUUAAUAAGAUAUAAU